UUUAUUGAAGGCAAAUUAUCAACUUGACUGGUGCUAAGUUUGCCGCCGUUCCUAAACUACCGUUUAUAUUAUCUUAGUGGUAAAUACAGUCUUUUUCAAAAAAAUAAAUUGAAAAUUAUUUUUAUGAAAAUGUUAAAUGCUUAAGAAAAAAUUAAUAAUUUGUGUGUUUUUUGGAUUUGUCACAUAUUUAAUUUUUAUGUUAUUUUUGGAGCCUGUGACAAAGUCUUGGAAAGAUGUUAACCAAAUCGAUAAUUUGCAUUUGCAAUACAGAAAUCUAAAUUUUAGCAAAGACUCUGGUGAUGUUUUAUCUUUUGUCCAUAUUCAGAAAACAGGUGGUACCACAAUGGAAAAACAUCUUAUUUUUAAUAUUAAAGAUAGUAAUUGUGUUUGUGAAAGUACUAAAAAGCCAUCUUGUAUGUGUUACAGAAAAGAGAAGAAUGAAAUUUGGCUGAUUUGUCGAUAUAUUCAACCGAAAUGGCCGUGUGGAUUACAUCCUGAUUUAGCCACAAUGAAAAAGUGUGCCCCGAAUUUCAUGAAUUCUGUAUAUGGAAGCCGACCAAGAAGAUUUUUGUACGCUACAUUACUUCGUGACCCAAUUCAUCGUUUUAUAAGUGAGUUUCGACAUAUACAAAGAGGCGCAUCCUGGGAUUCGGCAGCUUCUCUAUGUCAGGGUAAAAAUCUUGCAUCACAAGUGACUUCAUGUUUUAAAGGUUCUUUGUGGUUAAAUUUGACAAUUGAGAAGUUUUUAUCUUGUUCUCAAAAUCUAGGAUUCAAUCGACAGACCUGGAUGUUGUCAAAUAUUUCUGAGGUUAGUUGUAAUCCUGCAGAAAUACUCUAUAAUGAAAAUUUAAAUAAUAAAUUACUCUCAAUUGCAAAAGAAAAUCUAGUUUCAAUGGCAUACUUUGGCAUUUUGGAAUACCCUACAGAGAGUCAGUUUGUGUUUGAGAAAACAUUUCGUGUUGAGUUUAAAGAACCUUUUUGGAAUUGGAAUACUAGCUAUGCUAUGGAAUACCUUAAAUAUUUUAAUAUUUCAUUAAAAAUUCAAGAAAAAAUUAAUUUUGUCAAUAAUUUGGAUAUUAAACUGUAUAAUUUUGCUAAACAAAUUUUGUUUCAGAGAUACAGCUAUUUUGUUGCAAAAUAUGGAAUGCCAGCCUACAAAAAUUCUUUUGUAAAUGAGAGCUUUCAAUUCAAUCUUGUUAAAAUUUUAAAGAUGAAAAAAAAUCUCCCAAAAUCCAAAAGUAAAGAAGAACAGUUGCGUAUUAAAAAGGCUCGUGCAGAAUUAGGCAUCAUUAGUUAAAUUCAAUAUCGUUCAAUACUUUUUUUACUAAUUAUUUAUUUAGUCAAAUUUUUUUAAUUUUUAUUGCAAUUCAAGUUUAAUAAUUGGAAAAUAGUUGCAAAAAAAAAAAAAACUCAGUAUAUUUUUUUCAUAAAAAAUGUAAUUUUUUAUGAAAAAAAAACUCAUUUUAUUUAAGCAUAAAAAUCCAUUUAAAACUUUAUUAAAUUUGAGCACACUCAAAUUAAAUUCAUUUAAAGGCUCUGAAUAUAAGCAAACACUUCUUUUGACAAUGUUGUACAACUGCUAUAAAAAAAUUAAUAUUGAUUUUUUUUUUUAUUGCAAGAGUUGGUAAAAAUAAAAGAAAUAAAAUGAAAAGAAUAUUUUUUGUCAAAAAAUUUUAUCUUAUAUUUCUUAUGAUUUUGCAUUUUAAAUUGCUGUUAAUGUUAAAUAUUUUUUGCUGAAUAUGUUUUGAAGUGCAAUCACUUCAUUUAUUUAUAUAACUCUUAUAUUAUAUACUGGGUCGCUGUUAAAAGGAUGUUUUAUUGACAAAUUUUUUUAUGUUAUAUAUUAUUUAUUUUUAAGGAUUUUUUAUUUUUUUGAACUGAAUUAUUUUAUUUAAGUAAUUAUGGUAUGAAUAUUUUGGUAUAAAAUUUUUUUACAAAUAUUUUUUCAUAUUUUUUAUUUUUGAUUUCAUAAAAUGGAAAUUUUGUCAUUUUAAAGGUAUAUCAUAUAACUAUAAAGUGUCUAAAUUUUAAAAAUAAAAAUGCAUCUCUUUGUAA